AUGCAUCCAGAUCUUUCACCACACCUUCAUACAGCUGAGUGUAAUGAAUUUAUACAAGCUUUACAGGAAUGUCAUAAAAAUUUUCCUUUCAAGAAAUUUUUUGGAAAAUGUAACAACCUUGACAGCUUAGUUGGAAAAUGUUUGGUGAAAGAGGUAUAUCAGCAUAUUUUUUCAUGUUAA